ACUUUACUUCACUUUGCUGCUGAACUUGAUGAUCGUGAGGCAGUGGAGUGUCUGUUGGAGAAGAAGGCUGAUGCAGAUGCUAAAGAUAAGGAUGGCAAGAAGCCUUUUGAUUUUGCUGUGAGAAAAGGUCACAUGUUAACAGCUAAUCGGUUGUUAUUAAUAAUGCAGUCAGUUGAAGAUGUUGCAUUAGAGAAUGUGUGGAAGCUGCUGCAGUGGGCAUGUAGGAAUGAAGUGGAUGUUGCAAGAAAGAUUGCAGAGAAGUUUUGUCAAUCAGUGGAGAAGAAGUCUGGUUGCACUUUACUUCACUUUGCUGCUGAACUUGAUCAUCGUGAGGCAGUGGAGUGUCUGUUGGAGAAGAAGGCUGAUGCAGAUGCUAAAGAUAAGUAUGGCAAGAAGCCUUUUGAUUUUGCUGUGAGAGAAGGUCACAAGUCAACAGCUAAUCGGUUGUUAUCAAUAAUGCAGUCAGUUGAAGAUGUUGCAUUAGAGAAUGUGUGGAAGCUGCUGCAGUGGGCAUGUAGUAAUGAAGUGCAGUGCUCAAAAUUAGUUUUCAAAGUUAGUCGGCCGUAUGGCCAGUAAUGCCAGAAGUUAGCCGGUCAUUCAAAUUUUUUACCGGUCGUCUAAUUUAAUUAGUAAUCAAAAGCAGUUAGUAAUCAAAAAUUAGUAAUCUCUAAUUUAAUUAGCAAUCAUAAACCAAGAAACAAGAGUCAGUUGAAUACACAUAUUACUAAGGAAGUAGGCAUUAGUUUACAACAUGAAAGCACCUAAAAUUGCAGUAACUAACAAAACAUAGCAAACUGUGAACUGCUUUCCUUUAUAAUGUUACAGUUUUACAUCAAAUUAAGCAAUUUACUCUAACACCACACUAUAAGCAUAUUUGUUCGAACAUAACUAGUUACUACAGAUCUGAGAUGCUAUUCUGACAUCAUGCAAGUUGUGCUAGUGCAUGUGACGAUGCAAGUUGUGGUAGUGUGACGAUGCAAGUUGUGGUACUGUGACCAUAUUUCACUCAUCAUUCAAGAUCCAAGAGUCCCAAUCAUCCAGAGAUACCGACUGCUCUGCCUCACAUAUUGUUUCAGUUGCCUCAUUGAUCGCUGAAGUGUCUUCUUGUUGAUGAAUGGUCUCG